GUAAAAAGAGGAAGCACAAUUUAUAAACACACUUUGAACUUUUAUGAGUUGGAUAGAAGUGACUUACUGAAACAGGCAGUAGAAACAGGUUUACAUCAAUUGUUUACUAUUACAGUGACCAUGGAGAGGAGCGCAGGGACAGUUUCAUCCAUUAAAGCUUUAGGGUACCCGAGCAGCUGCUGCCUCUCACAGUGUACCUGUGAUGAACUGCCCUGUCCUCUGCUCACCUGGCUGACUGCACAGCUCACCUCUGUCUGUCCACAGCUACAAGACUCAAGCAGGACAGGUGACGUCUUGCUGGUGGGAGAGUUGAGAGCUUUACUGUCAAACAUGUUAUCUCCCCUCACUGCGCUGACCUCAGAGGUGCUGGGGCCGUCCAUCCUCAACAAAGUCACUGAGUUCCUAGUAUCAGAAUUGCAAGCGGCUCGAAUAAUGAAGCACAAGGAACUGCAUCCUGAGGAGAAGACAACAGGAGAGGAGUCUGAAAAGGAGCAGCGAGCUGAACAUCGCAGCCAUGAACUCACUGAGUUUUGUCAGGAAUAUGAAGAUGACGCUGACAAAGAGAGAAGGAAGGCGGAGAUGCAGGCAGAAUGGGUAUUACUGCUGCACGCCCUCGACAUGGACACCUCCUGUCAAUUUACAGAUGUGCUGAGUGAGGUGGAGUCGAGGCUUACUCGUCUGCCAUGUGGCGACAUGACAAACCCGCUUCUGAACACCAGCCUCAGCUCAGAGCAGUGGGUGCAAGUUAAAAAGAUCAAUCAAGUUUUGUCAGAGGACUAUAAGUGUCGGCGGCAAAUGAUGAUCAAACGCUUCCAGGUUACACUUCAGUCGUUUGCAUGGGGAGAAAAUCAAAAGGAGCGCAGUGAAGCGCUGGCCUCAGUGCCUCCUCUUUCAUCCCUCGCCAGCUCCUCCCGAGUCUCCCCGUCUCUUCUGAUCGCCGCCAGAGAGGAUCAGUCCUUCAUUGAGCCAAUCAAAGCUGGAAAAAGCACCCCCGUCUACAAGACGUUGAUGGGCAGCGUACCAGACAGAGGAGGACGACCGGGGGAAAUUGAGCCGCCUAUGCCAGCGUGGGAAGGUCGAAAAGCGAAAGGAAACAGGUCAGGACGAGGAGGCGGAGGCGGACAACAUCAACGACAGAAAUUUUCAGAAAAAAAGAAGAAAGGGAAAAGAGAGUAACAUGUGGUGACAAUUCUUAACUGCUUAAUUUGAGAAAUAAGUGAUAAUUUUUCUUUAUUUAAAUCCUUAUCAUGAAAUGAAAUACGGCUGUGGAAUAUAAUUUUAUACUUAAAUUGGGGUGCAUAAUUCUUAGUUAUAGUACACAUACAGCUAUUCUAAAAUAGCUUCUCAUUGCUAUAAUGUACUGGUGUAUGGCCAGAUAUUUUUGUAAAAGUUUUGUUGAGAAAAAUAAUACUUGAUUUGAUUUUUUUUAUGUGUUGGCUUUGCACAUUUAUAUAUAGGUUUGUUUGCUAAAUAAAAAACCUGUUAAACACAGAA